AUGGACUUCCUUAAGUCGGCCGUCGCGUCCGCUAUCGCAAAGGGAAGCUCGUUCCCCGUUUCGUUGGGUGAUAGAGUGGAUAUUGGCGAUUCUAUAUGGACACUUCAUAACGGGACGAGAAGGGAAGACGGCUCGGCAUGCAGUGUAUUCACAUUCGAUAUUGCGGCGAAUAAGUCACGACUCCCUCUAGCCAAAAAUGCGGUGCGCAAGUCAAGGACGUUGAGACAUCCUGGUGUGAUCAAGGUUUUGGAUACGAUCGAGAACGAGACGAACCUCUAUAUCGUGACUGAACGAGUCGUUCCACUCGAGUGGCAUGUCAAGCGGCGGAGCUUGAGCGAGGAAACUGCGAAAUGGGGAAUAUACACGGUGUCGUCUACUCUCAAAUUCAUCAACGAAGAUGCAUCUUCCGUCCACGGCGCUGUGCGCGCAUCCUCUGUCUACACGAGUGAAAGCGGCGAGUGGAAGCUGGGCGGAUUUGAUAUCUUGAGCUCCAUGAAAGAGGACGAUGCUAUCAUAUAUACCUACGGAAGCUUGGUCCCAGACGCAGCUCGCUUCACACCCCCGGAAGUUGUCAAGGGUGGCUGGGAUGCUAUCAAGCGCCACCCACUGGCGGCAGUCGAUGCGUAUGGACUCGGUAUCUUGAUCUUCGAGGUCUUUAAUGGAAGUUUCUCUGGCGGUGAUCAAGUCGGCAAGACGACGAAUAUCCCACCCAGCAUGCAACAAAGCUAUAAGCGUCUGUGCACGGCAAACCCCAAGCUGCGACUUAGUCCGGCACAUUUUGUUGAGCAAGGUAAGAAGCAUGGUGGCUUCUUCCAGACAUCUUUGAUUCGCUUGACGGAAGAUAUGGAGAGCCUGGGGCUUAAGGAUGAUGCUGAACGCGAGGAAUUUAUUAAUGAACUCGAUAAUCUGUCCGACGACUUCCCCGAAGACUUCUUCAAAAUGAAGGUCCUCCCCGAGCUUCUCAAGUCCGUUGAAUUUGGCGGCGGUGGACCCAAGGUCCUCAGUGCGACCUUGAAGAUUGGCUCAAAGCUAUCAGCAGACGAGUUCAAUGCUAAAUUAACACCUGUGAUCGUACGGCUCUUUGGCAAUCCUGACCGUGCGCUGCGAGUUUGUUUGUUGGAUAACCUGCCGUUGAUGAUUGAUAAUCUGCCCCAGAAGAUUGUCAAUGAUAAGAUCUUCCCGCAGAUGACCUCUGGAUUUACAGAUAUUGCUCCCGUGGUUCGAGAACAGACGGUUAAGGCUGUUCUGUCCGUUGUUGGCAAACUCAGUGAUAGGGUUAUCAACGGAGAGCUGCUCAAGUUCCUAGCCCGUACAGCAAAUGACGAACAACCUGGCAUCCGUACUAACACCACCAUCUGUUUGGGCAAGAUUGCGAAGAAUCUGGGAGAAAGUACUCGCUCCAAGGUUCUUAUUGCGGCGUUUACGAGAUCCAUCAGGGAUCCGUUUGUGCACGCCCGUAAUGCUGGUCUGCUCGCGUUGUCUGCCACAAUUGAUACGUUUACGGAUGAGGAUUGUGCUGGCAAGAUCCUUCCAGCCAUUUGUCCAGCACUCUUGGAUAAAGAGAAGCUGGUUCGCGAUCAAGCAAAUAAAACACUUGAACUUUACAUUCAACGAGUGCGCAAAUUCGGCAGCACGAUGGCCGACACCGUGCUCCAACCACCCACCAGCUCAACCUCCGAAGCCAACAAAUCAGAUGCCCGCAUCGGCAACUCCAACGACAAAUCUUGGGCCGGAUGGGCCAUCUCCUCCUUCACCAACAAACUCGCCGCCGCAGACGGCGAGAUCGCACCCACAGCAGUCCCCAGCAAGCAAUCCGAAGACAUUCCCCGUCCAGCCUCCGUCCCACGCCCCACCACAUCCUCCCCCUCCAUCCAGUCCCAGCCAGCCAACAAAACCCUCCGCCCAGCAGCACACCCCCUCUCCAGAUCCCAAUCCGACAGACCCGUCCCAGUCGUUCAGGAUGAAUGGCACGACGCCGAAGAAGGAGACGAUGUUUUCGACGCAUGGGGCGCCAUUGAAGACGACGACGACGACGACAAAGGUGUAGACCCCUUCACUGCAGCCGUGACUUCCCCCAAUCCCUCAUCGCCAGACCCAACCGCAACCAAAGCAUCCGCUGUUCCCUACGAUGACGGCGGUGAGCCUGAUUUCGCUGGCUGGUUGGCAGCUAAGAAUCAAGCUAAGACGAAAAAUCCUCUGCCUAAGGGAUUAACUAAGAGUACGCCUGCGGCUAAGACGGUUGCUAAGCCGAGGGUUGUGGCGCCGGUUAAGAAGAUUGAUACGAAACCCAAGGAUGAGGAUGAGGAUGAUGGGUGGGGUGAUGCUUGGGAUUAG